GCUGUCGGGUUCCAUUAUGGCGGCUCUGCCGGAGGAGCCGGCCGAAGCAGUCACCGUCAAGCCGGACCCCGACGCUGGAGCGCCGCCGGCACCACCCGCUCCUCCUCCCGCUCUCCCUCAGUCCCCGGCGGCAGCAGCAGCAGCGACGGCGGUAGCGGGAGCCGCUGCUGCUCCCUCUGCCCCCUCGGCCGCCGCUCCUCUAGCGGAAGGGGGCGAGUCGUUGGCGGCAGGAACCGACGCGAAGCCGCCGGUGGCGCCCAGCCCUGCGCCGCCCGCUUCGCAGCUGCCCACCGACCGGCAGACGCUGCUGGCUGUGCUGCAGUUCCUGAGGCGCAGCAACCUCCGCGAGUCCGAGGAGAUCCUCCGCAGGGAGGCCCGGCUGCUCGCCGACGAAGUCGCGGCGGAUCCCGGCUCCUCGGCGCCCGGAGUCCAGGCGUCCCAUGGCGGGGAAGGGCAGGAGCCCGGCGUCGGCGCCACCGGCUCUGGGGAAGCGCUGCUCGGCUCGGUCACCUUUGGCCAGACCGGGGCCACCAUCUCUCCGGGCGCUGCCGCGGCGCCUCCCGCAGUGGCCUUGGGGCCGCCUGGGAAAGUUGGAGUCUUUGUGGAAGAUCAGCCAGAUGUAAGUGCAGUACUGUCUGCCUACAAUCAGCAAGGAGACCCAGCGCUUUAUGAAGAGUACUACAGUGGACUGAAACACUUCAUUGAAUGUGCUCUCGACUGUCAUCGAGCUGAGUUAUCACAGCUUUUUUAUCCUCUCUUUGUACAUAUGUACUUGGAGCUAGUCUACAAUGGGCAUGAAAAUGAAGCAAAGUCCUUCUUUGAAAAGUUUCAUGGGGAUCAAGAGUGUUAUUAUCAAGAUGACUUGCGUGUACUGUCAAGUUUAACCAAAAAAGAGCACAUGAGAGGGAAUGAAACAAUGCUGGAUUUUCGAACAAGCAAGUUUGUGCUGCGAAUUUCCCGUGAUUCUUAUCAGCUAUUGAAGAGACACCUUCAGGAAAAACAGAACAAUCAGAUCUGGAAUAUUGUUCAGGAACAUCUUUACAUUGAUAUCUUUGAUGGAAUGCCUCGCAGUAAACAACAGAUUGAUGCUAUGGUGGGAAGUUUGGCAGGAGAGGCAAAACGGGAGGCUAAUAAAGCAAAGGUCUUUUUUGGCCUAUUAAAGGAACCAGAAAUUGAGUUGCCUUUGGAUGAUGAAGAUGAAGAGGGGGAAAAUGAGGAGGGCAAGCCAAAGAAGAAGAAGCCAAAAAAAGACAGCAUGGGAUCAAAAAGUAAAAAGCAAGAUCCAAAUGCUCCUCCACAGACUAGAAUCCCGCUUCCUGAGCUUAAGGAUUCGGAUAAGCUGGACAAAAUAAUGAAUAUGAAAGAAGCCACUAAACGUGUACGUCUUGGUCCAGACUGCCUGCCUUCCAUUUGUUUCUACACAUUCCUUAAUGCAUACCAGGGCCUUACAGCAGUGGACAUUACAGAUGACUCUAGCAUGAUCGUUGGAGGCUUUGCUGACUCCACUGUCAGAGUAUGGUCUGUGACACCCAAAAAGCUACGCAGUGUGAAAUCAGCAGCAGAUCUCAGUCUCAUAGAUAAAGAAUCAGAUGAUGUUUUAGAAAGGAUCAUGGAUGAGAGAACAGCAAGUGAGUUGAAGAUUUUAUAUGGUCACAGUGGACCUGUCUAUGGUACCAGCUUCAGUCCUGAUAGGAACUACUUGCUAUCAUCUUCAGAGGAUGGCACUAUCAGACUGUGGAGCCUCUUAACCUUUUCUUGUCUAGUCGGAUACAAAGGACACAACUACCCUAUAUGGGAUACACAGUUCUCUCCCUAUGGAUAUUACUUUAUAUCUGGAGGUCAUGACAGAGUGGCUCGCUUGUGGGCUACGGAUCACUACCAGCCUUUGCGGAUCUUUGCUGGCCAUCUUGCUGAUGUCACAUCGACGCGUUUUCACCCAAACUCCAACUACGUUGCUACAGGCUCAGCAGAUAGGACUGUGCGGCUGUGGGAUGUCCUGAAUGGGAAUUGUGUCAGAAUUUUCACAGGACAUAAGGGACCAGUUCAUUCAUUGGCAUUUUCUCCUAAUGGAAGAUUCUUGGCAACUGGGGCAACAGAUGGAAGAGUGCUUUUGUGGGAUAUUGGGCAUGGUUUGAUGGUUGGAGAAUUAAAAGGACACACAGACACAAUCUACACACUCAGAUUCAGUAGAGAUGGAGAGAUUUUAGCAUCAGGUUCAAUGGAUAACACGGUAAAGCUAUGGGAUGCUGUGAAAGCCUUUGAGGACUUAGAAACAGAUGAUUUUACUACAGCCACUGGACAUAUAAACCUGCCUGAAAGCUCUCAAGACUUGCUGUUGGGUACAUACAUGUCCAAAUCGACCCCUGUCACACACCUUCAUUUUACCCGCAGAAAUUUGCUUCUUGCUGCUGGGGCAUACAGUCCUCAGUGAACCACCAAACUACAAGACUUGAUUGUACAAGUAUCAUGUAUAUCUUAGAAUAACUUGAAUUAAUGAAGACCACAAUGUACAUAUUAUACAAAUGAACUGAACUUGUCUGCCAGAACAAACGGUGCAAACUGAUGAUGAUUCAAGCUACACCUUCAGAAACUGCUAUUUUAAACACCCCACCCCACCCCCAGUGUAAGUGUUGAGACAUUGACAUCAUAAAAAUAGGGGAAGAAACAUAUACAUGUGGUAUGGCUUUUUAAAAGAAGUAAACAGUAUAUGGGAAUACCUUGCUUAACCUUGUCCACAAAAUGGCAACUGGCACUACAAAACUGUAGUGCCAGUUGCAUAUGGCAAAGUUGUUUGAACAAUUUAAAAGCACUUAGUUUGGCAUUAACACAGGUUUAAUCAGUACCCAAAAUUUUCUUUCCCAGUAAGACUUGUUCAUAUAAGUUCUUCAAGAGUGGAAUUUGUCUCUAUGGAGCUGUUACUUAAAAAACUGUGAAGAGGCCUAAGUAGUUAUCUGACUUAUGUAAGUACGGUAACCUAGUUUCUUCAAAGCUGAAAAGCACAAAUUGAACAAGAUUGAAAAUUUCUAAACGUAAUUACCAGUAAAUUAAGCAGCAUUUUAGGAAAUGCAAACAAUAAUUGAAACCUUUAUAACUGAAAUUUCGCUUUCCUAACUAUUUUGGAUACAAAAGGUAUACCAACCUCCCCCCACAAGAAACUUGAAUCACCCCCCUUAAGUAUUUGCCGGGGGGGGGGGGGAAUACGUUUUGAGCCCUUUCCAUAAUGACAAAGCAUAAAUGUCAUUUAUGCUUUCUGUGAAAAAUUGUGCCACAGCUAUACACCAAUUGUUGAAAACUAGUAUGGAUCCAUUAGUUUAAAAACACUGCCAUGGUUUUGCAUUAUGUACAGUUUUAUACUUUUGAUAUUUUAUAAUAAAAUCUAUUUUGUGCCUGUC